GCAAUGGAGCUCCCCAACUACAGCCGACAGCUGCUGCAGCAGCUCUACACGCUGUGCAAGGAGCAGCAAUUCUGUGACUGCACCAUCUCCAUUGGCUCCAUUUACUUCAGGGCUCACAAACUCGUCCUGGCUGCUGCCAGCCUCCUGUUCAAAACCCUGCUGGACAGCACAGACACCAUCUCCAUCGAUGCGUCUAUGGUGAGCCCCGAAGAGUUUGCCCUCUUGUUAGAGAUGAUGUACACUGGCAAGCUCCCCGUGGGCAAGCACAACUUCUCCAAGAUCAUCUCCGUAGCUGACAGCCUACAGAUGUUCGAUGUGGCUGUUAGCUGUAAGAAUCUUCUGGCUAGCCUUGUCAACUGUUCCUCCGUUCAGGGGCAGGUGGUGAGAGAUGACUCGGUGCCAUCCCCGGAGUCGUGUAGGAAAGAACCCGAGAAGCCUCAAGUCGAAAUCCUUCCCUCUGAAGGUGCUGGAGAGCCCUGUGUUCCCUCUGAGGGUUCUGCCCCUCCAGAGGGCUCUGUGAAAGCUGAGAUGGAGCAGACAAGCCAAAUGGUUGCACAAGAACUGAGCGUGGAGUCUCCCACCACCCAGGAGAUGCCAAGAAACAUGGAAACGCCAGCGGAAACUCCUAACGCGGUGGGAGUAUGCUCCUCUCCCCCUGUGGUACAGACCUUGAGUGAGGCCACGGAGACAAGUACAGAACCAGAGUAUAAGAGAAAACACUACCAGUGGGAUUUUCUUGUGGAAAAUGAAAGUAUCUUCUCCGAUGCCCUCUCUAGUUCCCAGGAUGUUUUAAAAAGAGUAGAGGAAUGUUCAGAAAUUAAAGGCCAACAGAAGGAGACCAUGAUAAAAUGUCUUGAGGCUGAAGGAGGACACUCAGCAUUCCAAAGAAUCCUGGGUAAAGUGAGAGAGGAGAGCAUGGCUGUUCAGACUGUCAUGUCCCUGUUGAGGCUGUACCAAGAUUCUCAUCCUGCAGUGAAGUCAGCACUAUCAGGCCAAAAGCUGGAAGAUGUAGAGGCAGUGCAGCCAAAAGGGAGCACAGAGGAGGGAAAGACCUUGUCUGUUCUGUUACUGGAACACAAAGAGGCCCUGAUACAGUGUGUAACACAGCUGAGACCUAUUGUGGAGUUCCUGGAGACAGCCAAGGAAGAAAUCCUGACUGAUGCUGAGAAGAGGGUGAUUCUGAAUUGCUGUGAGAGUGGAACACCCAAGGAGACAGUAGAAAAUUUGUUGUACAGAGUGACUAAAGAGAAGACCCUGACUGCUGAGAGUUUGGUAAAACUCCUUCAGGCUCUGAGGACAACAUUUCCACCCUUGGGCCUUCUGCUGGAGAAAUUGCAGAAAUUAGCCACUUUGCCAAGCACCACAGUCCAACCAAGUACUGAUGAUUAUGGGACUGAGCUAUUGAGAAGGUAUCAUGAAAACCUCGCUGAGAUUUUCACAGAUAACCAGAUGUUACUAAAGGUGAUCUCGCACACGAAGAGCUUAGCCCCUGGAGAAAGAGAGGUCAUGGAGAAGCUUGUGAAACGUGACCCUGGAGGCUUCAGUUCUCUGAUCUCAGCAGUUCUAGAAAAGCAGACACUCUCUUCAACAGCUAUUUGGCAACUGCUGCUGGUGGCUCAGGAGACAAAGACCUGCCCAUUGAACUUGCUCAUAGAGGAAAUACAGAAGGAGCCUGGUGCCGGUGCUUUCUUCCGGGCUGUGACCACACCAGAAAGUAUUGCCCUAGAGAUAAUCAUGAGGCAUAAGAGAUUGGUCCUAGAGGCCAUCCAACAAAAGAUUGACCUGAAGUCUUUUGUCUCAGCGGAAGAGCAGCUGGCUGAGACUGUGAAAGAGAUUCUGAACAUUUCCUCUGAGACAGCCAGCCCUGAAGCUUCCCUGAGAGCAGCGCUGAGCAGAGCCAUGGAAAAAUCCGUCUCGGCCAUUGAAAUCUGUCACCUCCUGUGCAACGUCCACCAAUCAUUUCCAGGCCUGCAGCCUGUUAUGGAGGGCUUAGCACACACGGGUUUCCUCACUGAAGAAGGUGGCCAGAUGGGAAGGUGGAAAGUUAGUAAUGCAUUUCACCUUAAAGCCUGUGGUAAAGCGGAUGGACAGGCAGCCACGCCAGUCGAAGAAGACUGCCUGUCUGGGGAACGCAACGACGAGGGGGAAACGGACCCAUUGCCUGAGCAAGAGGACACUUCUGCCUCGCCAGACUCUGCCAAGAAGAGCUUCAUCUGUAAGGCCUGUGACAAAAGCUUCCAUUUCUACUGCCGCCUAAAGGUGCACAUGAAGCGCUGCCGCGUGGCCAAGAGCAAAGAGGCACAGUGUAAGGACUGCAGCGAGACCAAGGAUACCAGGAAGGAGCUGGAGAAACACCAGCUGGAGGCCCACGGUGCAGCCGGCAAUGAGCCCAACGCUCCCAAGAAGAAGAAGAAGAGGCUUCCAGUGACGUGUGACCUCUGCGGCCGAGAAUUUGCUCAUGCCUCAGGCAUGCAGUACCACAAACUGACAGAGCACUUUGAUGAGAAGCCUUUCUCCUGUGAAGAGUGUGGGGCAAAAUUUGCAGCCAAUUCUACCUUGAAGAACCACCUUCGCCUUCACACGGGGGACCGCCCGUUCAUGUGCAAACACUGCCUCAUGACCUUCACCCAAGCCUCGGCCCUGGCCUACCACACCAAGAAGAAGCACUCAGAAGGAAAAAUGUACGCAUGCCAGUACUGUGAUGCUGUGUUUGCCCAGUCCAUUGAGUUGUCUCGCCAUGUGAGGACCCACACUGGGGACAAGCCAUAUGUCUGCAGGGACUGUGGCAAGGGCUUCCGGCAAGCCAACGGCCUCUCCAUCCACCUGCAUACCUUUCACAACAUUGAAGAUCCUUAUGAUUGCAAGAAAUGCAGGAUGAGUUUCCCCACUCUGCAGGACCACCGGAAGCACAUCCAUGAGGUGCACUCCAAGGAGUACCACCCCUGCCCCACAUGUGGGAAGAUCUUCAGCGCUCCUUCCAUGCUGGAGCGGCACAUGGUGACUCACGUUGGCGGGAAGCCCUUCAGCUGUGGGAUCUGCAACAAGGCCUACCAGCAAUUGUCUGGUUUGUGGUACCACAAUCGGACCCACCACCCUGAUGUGUUUGCUGCACAAAAUCAUCGAUCCUCCAAGUUCUCAUCACUCCAGUGCAGCUCCUGUGACAAAACCUUUCCCACCACCCUUGAACACAAGAAGCACAUCAAAGCCGAGCAUGCAGAUGUGAAAUUCCAUGAAUGUGACAAGUGUAAGGAGCUCUUCCCCACGCCAGCUUUGCUGCAGGUGCACAUCAAGUGCCAGCAUUCAGGGUCCCAGCCAUUCAGGUGCUUGUACUGUUCGGCCACCUUCCGCUUCCCCGGAGCCCUGCAGCACCACGUCACCACGGAGCACUUCAAGCAGUCGGAGAGCACCUUCCCCUGCGAGCUCUGUGGGGAGCUCUUCACCUCCCAAACCCAGCUUGAUGGUCACUUGGAAUCUGAACACCCAAAGGUGGUGGGCACCGAAAGCCAAGCAGCAACCUCACAGGUGGUGCAGGUGAUCCAAACUCCGGAGCCGGCGGUCCCUGCAGAGCAGGUGAUCACUUUGGAGGAGACCCAGCUUGCUGGGUCCCAGGUGUUUGUGACGUUGCCAGAUGCCCAGACAUCUCAGACCCCUUCUGAGCUUGUGGCAGUGACUGUGCAGGACUUGCUGGAUGGGACUGUGACCCUGAUUUAUGGGGAGGCCAAGUGA